GCGAGGCCGGGCUCCGGCGGGCGGCCCACGUCGGACUGACCCCCGGGCGGAGGCUGCGCGCCCGUCGGCAGCGCGCGGACCGCAUGGCGGCGCCGAGGAGCUCCCCACGGGCGCGGGAGCGGCUUCGCCCCAGCGCCGCAGGCAGUGACCAAGUUCACUCUUGGACACUAGUUACAGGCCAAGCUCUUGAUACUGCCUGGAGAAUAGCAAAGGGCUCUGUGAUGCUGGGAGUUUCACUUCUGAUGGCCACCCUCUGCUACUUCAGAAGGCUGCAUUUAUAUUUAGGGCAUUGGUGGAAAUGGUGGAUUGGAUAUCUGCAGAGAAAAUUCAAAAGAAACCUCAGCGUGGAGGCGGAAGUUGAUUUACUCAGUUAUUGUGCAAGAGAAUGGAAAGGAGAAACACCCCGUGCCAAACUGAUGAGGAAGGCUUAUGAGGAGCUGUUUUGGCGUCACCAUAUUAAAUGUGUUCGACAAGUGAAGAGAGAUAACUAUGAUGCUCUGAGAUCGGUGUUAUUUCAGAUAUUCAGCCAGGGCCUCUCUUUUCCAUCCUGGAUGAGAGAAAAAGACAUUGUUAAGCUUCCUGAAAAACUUCUGUUUUCCCAAGGCUGUAAUUGGAUCCAGCAGUACAGUUUUGGUCCUGAGAAAUAUACUGGUUCAAAUGUGUUUGGAAAAUUACGUAAAUGCGUGGAAUUAUUGAAAACACAGUGGACUGAAUUCAGUGGAAUCAGGGAUCAUCACAGGAGGGGAAGUAUGUGUAACACCAUCUUUUGUGAUGCCAUUCUGGAGUAUAAACUCUACGAAGCUUUAAAGUUCAUCAUGCUCUACCAAGUCACUGAGGUUUAUGAACAAAUGAAGACUAACAAGAUCAUUCCCAGUCUCUUUAGACUCUUGUUUUCCAGGGAGACGUCAGCAGAUCCUUUGAGCUUCAUGAUGAAUCACCUGAAUUCCAUAGGCGACACAUGUGGAUUAGAGCAGAUUGAUAUGUUUAUACUUGGAUAUUCCCUUGAAGUAAAGAUAAAAGUGUUCCGACUGUUCAAGUUUAACUCAAGAGACUUUACAGUCUGCUACCCAGAGGAACCCCUCAGGGAGUGGCCGGAGAUCUCCCUGCUGACUGAGAAUGACCGGCACUACCACAUCCCCAUCUUUUAACUCUGCAGUGGCCUGGGCUCCAGCUGUCACAGUGGCCAUUGUCACACUUGCAAGUAAAAUGUUUCUCAAAAACCAAAGCCAGUGUUUCAACUGUGGAAGGAAUUAGGACCUUUUUCUCUGAAAUUGAGAGUAACGUGAUGGAGAGGUGCUUGAAUGGUUUUUCUUUUCAGAGAUCUUCUCUAAGACAGCCACACUGAUGUAUUUGGGGUCGGUGGUUUGACCUUGUUCAUAAGCGCUCUGGUUAUGUCACAUAAUGGCAGACUUUCCGUGGACAAUAACAGGAAAACGCUAGAAGAAAAUGAGGAGGGAGAAUGGCUAACCUGGAAAGAAAGAAUUUAUCUCUGACCUUUGUGCUCUUCAGUAAGAAUCUCAUCUUGGGCUGAUUUUGAAUCAUCGUAAAUACGACGAUAUUUUUAAGCAUUACUGUCCUGGGAAUCUUUGUUGUAUAUUAAUAUUCUUGAACCAUGUGAUUUAAAUAAUGUGUGUGUUUAUGUACAUGUAUGUUUACAUAUACACACAAAUGUAUACAUUUAUAUAUGCACAGACACACACAUACAAAUAGCCACUACUUUAUAAUACUGUACAGUUUGUUUUAUAUCUCUCCAUGUUUUGUUACUGUUGAAUCUGAGGAGCUUCAUAGGUUUUAUUUAGAUAAAAAGGAUAAAUUCUAUAGAUUAAGGCAACUGAAUGAUAAUUUUUGAUCUGCCACAAAAAUAUUAAACUGCAGUAUAGUUCAUGUGUAUUUACAUGUGUGUUCAUUGAGUGGAAUCUCGUUGUGGUAGGACAAGUAAACCUCCCAGACACAAAGAUGCUUUCAUCCUAUCCCAGAACUGUGACUAUGUUGUGCUAAAUGGCAAAAAAGGAUGAAGUUUGCAGGUAGAGCUAAGGUACCAACUUGCUGAUUGAAGGAGGGAGUAGUUUGGAUUCUCCAGGUGACACAAUAUGAUGAAAGGGUCCUUAACAGAAGAAGAGGAAAUCAAAAGUGUAUCAAGGUCAGAGGAGAAAGUGAAAUUCAGAACAGUCAGAGAGAUGCACCAAUGCUACCUUUGAAGAUCUAGGGGGGCCGUGAACAGGAGUGCCAGAGGUGUCUGGAGCUGGAAGACGCUAGGAAACAAUCUCUCCCCAAGCUGCCAGAAUGAGCACAGCCCUGCCCACAUCUCAAACUCAGCUCACUGACGUGGGUCAGACCUCUAACCUACAGAACUGUAGGAUAACAGGUUCAAGUUUUAAACUAGUGUUUGAAGUAGUAGGCUACAGGAGUAACAAAAAAUGGUAUUCUCAGGCUAACUAAAUUUUAGUUAUCUUUAUUUCUAAGUACUUUUCUAGUUCAUUUGGGUAAUCUCAAUUUUGGGAGGACUUUGCUUAUCUAUUUUAAAUUUCAUAAAUAAAAAUAAAUUUUAAAAGAUUGCUAAUAACAUACCACUUAAGGGCCCACAUACAUUUCUAACAAGUAAGUGAC